UAAUAGAAAAUACCGGAAGUAGGGAGCUGGCCCACCCCCGGCUUUCUGCUUAAGUGAAUCAACCUCGACCCGGCUAAACUCCGGCCCCCAAGCUGUGCAAGGCAUCAAGGAGCAGUCUUGCCUCCAUCACCAAUUGACAGGGCAUGUCUGAACCUUGAACCUCGUCGCCCUCAUCCCAUAUUGGUCGCCACCAUGGCCUCGAAAGUCGCAGCGAAAGCUGCUAGCGGCGUCAUGAGCAUUACCAAGAAACACACACUCCAGUCGGAAGGAGUCUGGGAACGCGUCCGCCGUGCCUUCGCCCUCGACCCGAACCGCUCGUCGGGCGUGCCGCUCAACCCUCACAACCGCAACCCGAGCCCCGGCAGCAAUGACCCACUGGAGUACACGGACCCCGUUACGCUCCCGGCCGGCGACAUUGCCGACAACCCGUACUGGAAGCGCGACGCGCGCCGCAACUACCCGCGCCCGAGCAUCGUCGGGCAGGCCCAGCAGGUCGCUCUGCUCACCGUCGGAAGCGCCGCGGCGCCGCGCGUGGAGCUGAUCGGCGAGGCGGGCAGCAAGGCCCUGGUGGCUGCCGAGGAGACGGGCAGGGAGGCUGGCGGUCUGGCCGCGUACCUGGAGAAGAGCGGCGCCGAGGCCGCUGUGCGCUUCCUGGAACUGUCCGGCGGCCUGCCGCCCCUUCCCAGCGGGCAGAGCUUGGCGAGCGGCAAGUGGGAUGUGCACAAGUACAGACUAAACGAGGAGCAGUCAUAUUCGGAAGACUACCCGUGUAGAACAUUUUCUUGAAAGGCCCAGCUCGGAUUCAGAGGUAUAGACGAGGCGUCGGAAGCGUAGUCACUGUACAUAAAUAAUGGGCUGGCACGAGGGAAUCCGCCACGUUAAAAGACACCGGCAGCUCAUCCCUUCUCUUUCGUCUCUUUCCCCGUA